AUGUCUUUAUCUAGAAAGAGACAGUACUAUGGCAUUGAAGUAAAUGAAGAUCAACAGUCAAAGUUCAAGCGAAAGACAUUUAAUUACGAAAGCAUAGCUAAACUAUUCAGUUUAGAUAAAGAACAUUCUCACAUAAGCAUCCCAAGGAAACCGAGUGGAGUGUUGAUUGGAAGGAGUAGCUCUUGCGAUGUUAGAAUAUCAGGAUCAGAUGUUUCAUCUAAACAUUGCCAUUUAGCAUUGACAUCAAGUAAUGAAAAGGAACUUCUUUUCAUUGUCGAUAUGAGUUCAAAUGGCGUCUUUAUAAACGACGAGAAGCUUGGUAGAGGGUCAAGUUUGUUACUCAAGAGUGGUGAUAAGAUAGGUUUUGCUAAGACUGGAGGAUCUUUUAUUUUCCGUUAUGUCUUUGACUUCGAUAACAAAGAGAAUCGCAAUAGAAAAUCCUUCUUUGACGAUUACAUUGUGGGUAAACAAUUAGGAACUGGGCACUAUGCCGUCGUAAAAGAAGCGAGGGACAGAACAAACGGGGAUAUAGUAGCUGUGAAGAUUUUCCACCCUAACAGAAACAAUACUUCAUCUGACGAUAUUAAGUUACAGCAGGAGAUCAAUUUGCUUCUAUCAAUCAAUCAUCCGAAUAUAGUAAGAUUCAUUUCUCAUUAUGUGGAGCCUGUAAAUCAAAAUCAGGUAGCAACGUAUUUGGUUCUAGAGAAAGUAAACAGCGGCGAACUAUUUCAAAGAAUCAUCAACAAGCUGAAAUUAAAUCAAGAUGAAACCAAAGAAAUUUUUAAACAGCUUCUCUCGGGUCUAAAUUACUUACAUGCAAAUGACAUUAUUCAUAGAGAUAUUAAGCCAGAAAAUAUACUACUAGAUAUCAUACCACGAUCUUCCAAGGAUCAGGAACAGUUAGGGCCAUGGGAUAGUGAUGAAUACGACGUUAGAGUUAAGAUAGCUGAUUUUGGUUUAGCAAAGUUUAUAGGAGAGUUAAAGUUUACUAAUACUUUAUGUGGAACACCAGCUUACGUGGCACCAGAAAUUCUUGCGAACGAGCUUCAAUAUUCUAAAAAAGUUGAUCUUUGGCUGGCUGGAGUUCUUCUAUAUGUAUGCUUGUGUGGCUUUCCGCCGUUCAGCGAAGAGCUUGCCCCACCAAACAUGAAAGAACAAAUUUUGACAGGGAACUAUGCAUUUUACUCUCCAUAUUGGGAUGAUAUUAGUGACUCAGCCUUGGAGUUAAUUUCAAAUUUGUUAGUAGUAGAACCGGAAAGUCGAUUCGAUAUCAAUCAAACUUGCAAUCAUCCUUGGUUUCAAGAAGAGGAUAUUGAGUCGGAGGUAGACAUGGUAGUGAGUCCGAAGCGGGUUCCAGUAAGGUCUGACAGCAAACCGCUUACCUUGAAGGAAGCAUUUACAUCCGAAUUGAAGUUCAACUCGGAUACUCAGUCAUAG